AUAUGGGCGUUUCUUUAUACUGUUGGAAAAGAAUCUCAAGUGCGCCCAUAUAAAGGACUUGGAAAAUGUUUCACUUAAGUUAAUCUAGCCAGUAUCGUCAGAAGAUCACGACCCCUCUCUCAGCGGUUUCGGCAGACUCGUGCAAGAUGAAGUCUUCAACUGAUCUCAUGAUCACCAUGGUAACGGCACUUUUCCUGGUUGGCGGAAUCUCAUCACUUCCGACCAAAAAGGCUGUGACGAGUGACGGAAUAACGACAGCCACCACCUUGAGCAAAGCCGAAUUUACUCCGGCUGCUGAUAAUAAAGGUUACAUCCGCAUGGUUCUCGACGACCCGCAAUUAAAAGAAUUGGCCGCCUACGCUACCGAGGAGAUCCGAUUACGUCAGCAAUCGCCAGACCUCUCGCUAAAGGGUAUUGUCUUUGCUUUGAAACAAAUUUCCACGUCAAACAACUUCAAGGUGACUUUGGUGCUGGCCAAAACGGGCGAGAAACCUUCGCAAUCUUUGCUCUGCAACGUCGACGUUGUGGUGGAUGGAACCAACAACGAGCGGCGGCUGUCGAAAGCGGAUUGCAUCAGAGCCAACAUUGUCAGCGGCAUUCAAUCGAUAAGUUCAGACGGAACGUUUCAAGAGGACGCCGAUCUGGCGGCGGCUAUCUUCGCCGCAACCGAAUUUAACCGCCAAAAUAAUUCAUCUUCGCUAACCCUAUUGCAUUAUACCGCUUCCGGCUCGUUGGAGAUGAUAUCCGGCACGGAGUAUAAACUCCAGAUGCAAAUGAGCGACAAAAAGGACCAGGUUCUUUUGUGCGAUACAAACGUCUUACCGAGAACUCCCAGGAUACUGCACGGAGUAGAAUGUAGCGCUUCCGCUGGAAGAACGGAAAAGGACGAUGUUGGAUCUUAUAACGCGGCUGACGUCAAGGAUGCCGAUGUUAAAGAGACGGCCGAAUUUGCGGCCAACUCGCUAACGGAGCGGCAGGUUCACAAAUUGAGUACUGCAGCAGCAGGAGCGGAUGAUUUGUUGAGCCUGGUGAAGGUUGCCAAAGCCUGGAAGAAACCUGUUCGCGGAAUCCAGCGGAGACUUCGCAUGACGUUGAGUAACGAAGGAAUCACCGAACCGUCAUCUUAUUGCUUGGCCGUCGUAUUUGAAGAUAGAUUGUCGGGCGAAUAUGAACUCGUCAACGGUCCCGGAACUACCGUUUGUUCGUCGACGCCACCUACUGCUUGAGUUGAAAAGGCUACAGCCAAAACAUUAAAACUUGUUGCAUAGUUUAAAUUGAAACCACCUUCUCUUUUUGACCGCUUCUACCCUUCUACAGUGUAAUAAAUAAUUUCAAAUGGCUAAUAACUAAUAAUAACAAGCGUGAAUAAAUU